UUUGCAUCAACGUUUUUAAGAGAUUUAAAAGUACAUUACUGUAGGAAAUACAAUUUGAUAACUUGCAUGUCUUAAAUCCUUUGAAUACGAACGAGACUCAUCAAUAUAUUUGGUCAUAAAAACUUUUUGCUCAUUCUGUAAAACUUUCAUUAAACUAAGACAUAAAUAUUAUAAUCAGAUUCUUACAAGUCAUGAUUAUACAUUCUUCAGAAAGAUGUUUUAAAAUCAAAACUUUCAUUCACAAUCAACGUUAACGUUUCACACUGAGAUUCAAAAAGGAAGAACCUCACUCGAUAAAUUAUUAACUGAACGAGAUUUCGCAACUUUGCUUAAGACAUAAAUAAAAAAAAAAACAAAUUCUUAUCAUCAACCUGAUUGUACUGAGCUUUUAAUAGUAUGUUCUCUAUAAAAAUGUUAAAAAAAAGUAUAACUGGCCUUUAACAUUCAUCAAGUAUAACUGACAGUUUUUAAAAAGUCGUGGUAUGUUCAGCUUUUUUCUGAACUAUAAAACUUGUUUCAUUGUUCAAGAGCUUGCACAAAUAUUAUUCCAUGGCAUCUCUGCCUUCCAAAAAGUAGUUUUUCUGCUCGUGAUUCUCAGGGCUUUUAAAUCAGGGUUGAACAACUUUGACACAAAGUAGGCGCGGUGAAGAAGUGGGCACGGAAGCCAAAAUUUUGACAGCCUAUUACAUUGUUUACGUUUUGUGUCAAAGAAAAUCAAUGAAAAGUAUGACGAAAAUGUCGUGCUUUGGUAGUGGUGUUUUAUAUGACGUCACCACCAACUUGAUGUAAAUCUUUUUUGUUUUUGUUGAUAAAUCUAAUCUAAUCUAAAAUAAAACAGUGGCUGUAAUGCCAAAACGGAAAAAUAAUCUCCUAGCUCCUCGGGCAAAAGCCGUGAAGCCCGAUCUCCGCGCACUGCCUCCAGCAGCAGUGGCUACAGCAGUAGUUCCUCCUCCUUAACGCCCUCCCUACUGAAGCAGAAAGUUAAACUGGAACCUUUGCCGGACGCUUCGGAGUUGGUUGAAUUGCUACCAACCAUUUCACAAUUAUCGCCCGAUGCCGCUGAACCAGGUCGUGAUGGAUUGUGUAUUUUCCAACAACUUGCCCACUUGAUACUUGUACUAUCAGUGAGUCUAAUACUCCAAGGCCACCUGCAAAACACUUUAUCUGCUGGACCCCCUCCGCAUCAACCCGAAGCUGUUCGAGCACAUCCUACGAUCGUCGAGGGCAAUCACCAGUGGCCCCAGGAGGGAACGAUCCUCAUCUUCCUCCCCGGGCUGGAAGAGAUCAAUAACGUUCACGAAGCCCUGCUGGAUAGUCGCAUGUUUGGCCCACGGGAGGAUCGCUUCCUGCUGAUACCGCUGCACUUGACGCUGAGCAGCGACGAACAGGCCCAGGUGUUCCGAAAGGCUUCCAAGGGAAAAAGGAAAAUUGUGCUGAGUACCAACAUCGCUGAAAUUCAACCGGUGCCGGAGAUUCAUCGAAUACCAUUAGAACCAUUUCUGUUGAGGAUCAAAACGCUCGAAACUUUUAGAGGUCAAUCGCUGAAGGAGGUUCUGAGAUCUACCAUUGAACCACCUAGUGAUGAGAACAUUGAUGCCGCCAAGGAACGACUGGUGGAUGUAGGAGCAUUCGAUUUAGAGGAACAACUGACUGCUUUGGGUUAUCAUUUAGCAGCAUUACCGGUAGAUGUGCGGAUAGGAAAGCUCAUGCUGUUUGGAGCAAUUUUUCAGUGCUUGGAUAGUGUGCUGACGAUAGCGGCUUGUCUUAGCUACAAGAGUCCGUUUGUGUCUCCCUUCAACAAAAGGGACGAAGCAGAAAGUAGAAAGCGGCUGUUCGGUAUUGCGAAUAGCGAUCAUUUGACGAUGCUUAACGCUUACAGGAAAUGGAAGGAGACUUCGAAGCGCAGUCGAUAUGCGGCCAACUGUUAUGCCGAAGAGAAUUACCUGUCGACCAAAACGCUUCACACGAUCGAUGAAAUUAAGCAACAGUUCUUGGAAUUGCUGGUGUCCAUUGGAUUCGUUCCACUAGAUUUUAGUAGUCGUCGGGAGAAAUUUGUUAAAGAUGAGCUUACCGGGACGGAAAUAAAUUCGAACGGAGAGAAUAAUCGGCUCCUAGUGGCCAUCCUAUGAGCUGCCCUCUACCCAAACGUCAUCAAAGUGUUAACCCCAGAGAAAAGCUUCAUCAGUGGAGCGAGUGGUGCGGUACCCAAACUGCCUCAACCGUCCGAUCUUCGUUUUAAAACCCAACAGGAUGGAUACGUUUUCUUGUAUCCAUCCUCGAUAAUUGCCACAUGUGGCCACUUCAAUUCCCCGUACCUGGUCUACCAGGAAAAGGUAAAAACGGUCCAGAUCUACAUUCGGGAAACCACAAUGGUUCCGCUGCUUCCGAUUCUUUUCAAAUUUGGAACAUAUUUUCUACAAAUAAAAUACCAGAACCCAA